UUCUACAGCUGGCCGUUGGGCGCUCAGUGCCCCUUGGUUGUGUACCAACUUCUCCCAGUCAUUUUAAGAGAAGUUGCACGUCUCUGCUAAAUAAUCUAUGCAGUUACAAUAUCUAUUACGGUAAAGCGGGGAUGAUUUUACUAGUUAUAGAAGAUCUCUGGCUUUUAAAGUAGAAGCGGCUCGAUGGUGUCGCAUCCUGACUUAAGGCGUUACCGGGCUCCACUGAGAUAAACUACGAUUUAGUACAAUUUCAGUAUAUCUUCAUAGAAACAUGGCUGAGCCUGAACUCCUGUUGGACUCCAAUAUUCGCCUUUGGGUUGUGCUGCCUAUUGUGUUCAUUACUUUUUUGGUUGGAGUGAUUCGCCAUUACGUCUCAAUUCUGUUACAAAGUGAUAAGAAGCUCACAUUAGAGCAAGUUUCAGACAGUCAGGUCCUAAUCAGGAGCAGAGUGUUACGAGAAAAUGGAAAAUACAUCCCCAAACAAUCUUUCUUGAUGAGAAAAUUCUACUUCAAUAAUCAAGAGGAUGGGUUUUUCAAGAAAACCAAAAGAAAGGUAGUCCCACCCUCUCCGAUGACUGAUCCCAGCAUGCUGACAGACAUGAUGAAAGGCAAUGUGACAAAUGUUCUUCCAAUGAUCCUUAUUGGUGGUUGGAUCAACUGGACCUUUUCUGGGUUUGUCACAACAAAGGUACCUUUUCCUCUCACACUCCGCUUCAAACCAAUGCUGCAGCAGGGAAUUGAGUUGCUCUCACUAGAUGCAUCAUGGGUGAGUUCAGCAUCUUGGUACUUCCUGAAUGUCUUUGGUCUCAGAAGCAUGUAUUCCUUAAUCCUGGGACAAGACAAUGGUGCAGAUCAGUCUCGUAUCAUGCAGGAGCAAAUGAGUGGUGCUGCAAUGGCAAUGCCUGCGGACACAAACAAAGCUUUCAAGGCUGAAUGGGAGGCAUUGGAGUUGACUGACCACCAGUGGGCCUUGGAGAAUGUUGAGGAGGAUCUAAUGAGCAAGGACUUAGAUCUAUCUGGGUUGUUCAGCAAAGACCUGCCAACGGGCAUCUUCUAAGUGCCUGUUCACUACUGAGAGAUUUUGGAUGACCUCACAAAAUCAGAAUAAUAGUGACUUGAUUAAACUACUGGAGUUGCUUUGGAAGUGAUGGAAAACUUAAUAUGUUUUCCUGGAAAGUGUCAUAAACCUCAUUGCAGACAUAUCACAUUUUGUGUCAUAUGCAUGCACCAUUCCUUCCAUUGUUUAUUUUGCUUGGACACAAAUGAUAGAGUAUGACAAAAGGUUAUUUAAGCUUAAAGCGUGUUACUAGGUUUUCUUGAAAACAUUCCUUAAUAAUUAUUUAAGUGUCUUUAUUUUUGUUUUAACACUUAAAUAUACAAUUUUAGGGGCCCUGCAUUCUUUUUCUGAUAGGACCACAUGAUGGUUGGGAAAGUAAGCAGAUUGGAAGUUUUAGGAAGAAAUUUAACAUUAAAAAUGGACCAGUCCAUUACUUAAGUUACAUAAAUAGUAUAUGUUACUAUACUUAGUCUGGUAUUGAUAGAUGCUUUCUUUUGGUGCUAAUAAUCCUACCACACACUGAGUGUGUUGUGAAAAGUACCUUUUGCAAUCAAACAAUAAAUUCAGUAGAUUUUUACACGUGUAGAAAACAAGAAUUAUUGGUAUGUUUAAUAUUUAUUUGAUUUGUUUUUCAACAUGUUCACCUUCAGUUUUGUCAAAUAAAAAGAAAUGUUG